GGAUUUAGAAAUCUAAUCUGAUCGGUAAACGGUAUCUAAACUGGGAAGAACAUGCAUCCAGCCUCGCCGCACCAGCAUCGCUCGCGUCUAAAUGUCGGCUCGCCGGGAUCGGGUUCGGGCUCACCAAAUGUCCAGGCCUCCUCCUCGACGGAGACAUUUCCGCUGACACCGCAGCAUCAGCAUACGGUUCAUAUACCGCCACCCACAUCAUUGCCCUAUCAGGGACUCAAGACCUCUGAAAAUGAUGACAUGGGUUGUGUGGAGAUCCUGGCCACGGUGGUCUCCGUGCUGAUCAUGGUCCUCACCUUCCCCAUCUCGGUAUUCAUCUGCUUCAAGGUUGUCUCCGAGUAUGAAAGGGCGGUGAUCUUUAGGAUGGGUCGACUUCGCAGUGGCGGAGCCCGUGGUCCUGGUGUAUUCUUCGUCCUGCCCUGCGUGGAUGAUUAUUAUCCGGUGGACCUGCGCACUGUCUCCUUCGAUGUGCCGCCACAGGAGGUGCUCUCCAAGGACUCGGUGACGGUUACUGUGGAUGCGGUAGUCUACUAUCGCAUCAGUGAUCCCUUAAAGGCGGUAAUACAGGUGUAUAACUAUAGUCACUCCACGAGCCUGCUGGCAGCCACCACACUCCGCAAUGUCCUUGGCACCAGGAAUCUCUCCGAAUUGCUCACCGAACGGGAGACCAUAUCGCACACCAUGCAGAUGUCCUUGGACGAGGCCACCGAUCCCUGGGGCGUCAAGGUGGAGCGCGUGGAGAUCAAGGACGUCUCUCUGCCCACUGCCCUUCAGCGUGCGAUGGCCGCCGAGGCGGAGGCGGCAAGGGAGGCCCGAGCCAAGGUCAUAGCCGCCGAGGGUGAGAUGAAAUCUUCUCGGGCUCUGCGCGAAGCCUCCGAGAUCAUCUCGGCCAGUCCAUCCGCCCUGCAGUUGAGAUAUCUGCAAACUUUGAGCAGCAUUUCCACCGAAAAGAACUCCACCAUUAUCUUUCCCCUGCCCAUGGAGCUGCUCACACCCUUCCUCAAUUCCCACGCCCACUCGCAGCAACUGCAGCUGCAACAUCAGCAGCAACAGCAACAUCAGCAGCAGCAGCAGCAGCAGCAACACCAACACCAGCAACAUGCAGCGCCUGGCACGCCCCUCCACCGGCACCAGCACCAGCACCACCAGUGACGCUCAAUGUCGGUGCUGCAGCCAUAUCUGGAGGCACUGCAUCGCUGCGAAUUGCGGCGCCAGCGUCGGCAGCUGAUGAUUGGCGGUGCAGAUGCAGUGCCCAGGCCGGAUGAUGAUGAUGAUGAUGACAUCGUCGGUUAUCUGCUGUAAGCGCAGCAACGGCAGCAGCAGCGGCAAAGUCAGCGAUACUCGCGGGGAUUCCCCCGGGGAAAAUGAUUCAUCAGAGUGUUCGUAUCAAUGCCCUUGCUUAUGGUUUCUAUAGCAAUUUUCCUAUAAAAUAGUAUACUCUUUCUCAGAUAAAUUUGAAUUUUCAUUUAA